GCACAUACAUAGCAUGGCCUCAGGCGCGAAUGGAGAGACACUGGAAAAGUUCGAUGGCCUUGAGCUGCCCGCUGCCGCCGACAUGCAUGUGCAUUUGCGCGAAGGUGAUAUGACGGCUCUCGUGGUACCAACCAUCCGCCACGGUGGUGUCAAUACCGUUUUUGUCAUGCCCAACCUGGUGCCUCCCAUCACGACCGUCAAUCAUGCGUUGCAAUACCAGCGACAUCUUCACAAGCUGGAGCCAAACGUACGCUUCCUCAUGUCUCUCUAUCUCCACCCAAACAUCAAGCCAGAGACCAUCAUCGAAGCCAAGAAAGCUGGGAUCACCGGAGUGAAGUCGUAUCCUCAUGGAGUCACCACAAACUCAAGUCACGGCGUCAUGUCGUAUGAAGACUUCUACCCGGUAUUCGAAGAAAUGGAGCGCCAAGACAUGGUGUUGAAUCUGCACGGAGAGCUUCCACCAUCCGCAGGCGCCGAUAUCACAGUCCUCAAUGCCGAAGAAGCAUUCUUGCCCACCCUCCUGGACCUUCACAAGCGCUUUCCAAAGCUUCGCAUCAUCCUCGAGCACUGCACGACCGCGGCUGCCGUACGCACAGUGAGCUCUUGCGGCGACACAGUCGCGGCUACGUUGACUGCACACCAUCUCUGGAUCACCGUCGACGACUGGGCCGGAGACCCACACUGCUUCUGCAAACCCGUCGCCAAGAAUCCUUCAGAUCGACGAGCCCUUCUCGAAGCCGCAGUCAGCGGGAAUCCGAAAUUCUUCUUCGGCAGCGACUCCGCUCCUCAUCCCGCCAAGGCGAAGCGCACCGACAAGAUUGCUGCUGGUGUAUUCACACAGCCUCAUGCCGUCGGAUUGGUCGUGAAUGCCUUGGAGGUUGGUGUCGAGAAGGGCUUGAUCAAGCAAUCUGACGUCACGGCUGAGAAGCUGGAAGGCUUUCUGUGCACUUUCGCUCGUGACUUCUACAGGAUCAAAGAUGAGAAGAACGAGCGUAUCGUGCUUGGGAGAGGGAAAGCUUCCAUCGCUGAGAGUCUGGUGACGGAAGAUGGCUCGAUCGAGGUCAUUCCGUUCCGAAGAGGCAAGGUGACUUGGGAGACCUCUUGGAAGUGAGAGUGGAGGCGGCGGCAGCUAUAUUCCGCUUACACUAGUGACAACAGCAGACUUUACAUGCCUUGACUCACGGCCAGCAUGGGCAUCUUGGUCCCCUGCAACUGGCACGGAAGUGCGAUCAAUGAACGGAAAUUGGAGACGUGUGCAUUGGAACGUGGACGAAGUCACGAUGCAUUUGCAUCAACUCGUCACACUAUCUAAAGAUUUCGGCAAAAUAAAGUCGCAACGGGCCUUGCGACGAGCUUGGAAAAUGCGAGCUCGCAUCGGCUAGUGUAGUCCUCCGACCCAGAACACGACAAUGCUGACUCAAUCAGCAAUUCGAAAUGAAUGAUCAAUGUACAGUGUGCGAAGUAUAGUCAUCCGGCCGUGGUCGCGUGUAAACACGACAUGUUCCCCAACUCCUUCAUCAUGCAUCAUAAGAUCUUCCCUUCCAUAUCAAAUGGAACGGUGCCUCGUGGCGCGCGCUACGUCUCUCGAGGUGUGAGCGCAACCUUAGCGCCGUGGAGGUUAACACAAGUCAGAGUGAUGAAUUCAGUCCAAGGGUUGGGGCCUCUGCUUUCGAUUCCACUGAAAGCCUGGCACAGCCGCACAGUGCAAUAGCUAGCCUCGGUCAAAGCGAAUUGCUGCCCUAGACAAAUUCUCGCUCCGCCGUUGAACGGAAGAUACUCCCAUCCUGGUCGCAGACCUUUCUUUCCCGUGACCGGAUCGUCGAGCCAUCGUUCUGGCUUGAACUCCUCGGCGUCUUCUCCAUAGAAGUCUUUUCGUCGAUGCAUAGCCCACACACUCCAGGCCAUGACAGAGUCCUUCUUGAUGAAGAUCGGAGCUCGACCAUCUGGUCCACCUCCCAACGGCAGCGUGGUGUCUUCUGUUGCUUCCCUACUGUUCAAAGGAACGACAGGGUGGAGCCGCAGCGACUCAUUCAGUAAAGCUUUCACAUACUUCAAGUCUUUGAGCUGCUCGAAUGACGGUCGGGCAUCGUCGAGCUGCUUCACCUCGGCUUGCAACUUUUCCCAGAUAUCUGGCCGGUUGGAGAGCGUAUACCAGACAUUCGUGAGGAGCGAAGCGGUUGUGUCUCGGCCUGCAAGGAGAAUAUUCAGAGCUUCGCUACGGAUGCGGAUGGGAUCAGUAGUCUGCUUCACCAGCUCAUCGAUGAAGACAUAUCGACCACUUUUGCCGUCGCCAAUCGUCUUUUCGGCUAAGAUCUGGUCGCGCCGUGCAAGACCCUUCUGAACGUAGUAAUCAACGAAAUCGUGAACGAAUUUCGUGUCUUUCUCGAAUCGUUUCGUCGCAAGGAACAGCUUCCCUAUCGAGCCCCAUCGGGCUAAGUUGGCGAUGAAGUCCUGGCCAUGAGUGAAUGCAUCGGCGAAACCAUCGGUCGUGUUGCUCGCGAGGGAAUUGGUGGACUCUCCAAAGAGGAAUUCAGUGGCCGAGUCAAUGGUCAAACGGAAGAAUAGCUCCGACAGGUCCACGGUCUGGUUCCGCGGAAUGAUCGAUAUGAGCUGCGAAACAUGCUUUUCAAAUGUGUCGACGUCUGCGACCUGAGAACGCACAAAAUUUGGUCGCAGCAUGUCUCGAGAAUGCUGCCACGCUGAGCCGUCGGUAGUGAAGAUGCCUUCUCCCAGUAGAGGUCGGAAACCAUACUUGCGCCUUCGUCCCAGGCUCCAUUUGGUAUGCUCCUUGGCUUGAAUGAUUUUGAGGUUCUCUGGUUCGGUUGUGAUGUGCAUGUGUUGACCAAGAAGCACGAGUUGAUAUGUGUUGGAGCUGGUCUCAGAAAAUCUCCGGUGACCGACUUCGAGCAUUCUGUGUUCUUUCAGAGCUUGCAC